AUGGACAGAAGCAGAGCGUCGGACUUCAGCAUCGAGCGCAUCCUUUCCCCGCAGCUCGGACACAAGCCGCCGGUGAUGGAGUUCUCACCGGACGGAUAUCUCCAGGGGGUCCCUGCUGAGUUCCGUCUGAACUCCGGGAACCUCAGGCCUCCUGCGCCGCUCCCUGUCCCGGUGCCAGGCUGUCUGCAGUACCGAGGGAUGAGCUUCGGUGAGGCGUUUUACCCGUAUGGAGCCGGUUUCCAUCACACAGACUUCUCCAGCAUUUAUCCAAACCCCGGAGUUUACGUGCACUUCAGCAGCCAGGACUCUGCAGAUGCUCAGCAGUUGGCAGGUGGUUGCCAUCGGGUUGGGAUGUCCGCGCAGUCGCCGCCGCGUCAGAUUGCCCGGAUGAGGACGGUGUUCACCGACAGCCAGACCAAGCGGCUCGAGUCGCUGUUCGAGGUCACCGACUACCCGACGACGGAGGCGCGCGCUGAGGUGGCGAGGAGCUCCGGGCUGAGCGAGGAGACCGUCAGGGUGUGGUUUAAGAACUGCAGAGCCAGGAGGAAGCGUCAGCGCAGCGGGUCAAAGGUCAAAUCCCCCUCCCCUGCCCGAAGCGCUGGAGCAGAGAAGAACUUCUUCGCCUCGUUCCUCUGA